GGGAGGGAGGGGAGUGGAGCGGAGCGGGCAGCGCCGAUCGUUCCGUGGCCGUGCGUGUGUGUGUGUGAGAGAGAGUGCGGGCGGGGGUGUGCGUGCGUGGAGAGCCGGCUGUAUAUAGAGGAUGUGCCGCUCCAUGGCUCGCCCCGGCCGCUGCCGCGCCAGGGCUCUCUUCGGGCUCCAGUGAAGCCUCUCGCCUUCGCCGCCGCUUGGGAAGUCUCUUCCCCGCCCGCUCCAGGAGCGACGAGCGCGGCUGCCGGCCUCUCUCCUGGGGCUGUUUCCGGCGCUCCGGCGUCCCUCUUGAGGUGGCCGCCUCCCGCGGCUUCUCCGCUCCGGGGGAGAGGGCGUCAAUGCGGUGCAAAUGGCCGGGGCACAGCCAGGGGUGCACGCUCUCCAGCUCAAGCCCGUCUGCGUCUCCGACACCCUGAAAAAAGGCAUCAAAUUCGUCAAGUGGGACGAUGACUCCACCGUCGUGACUCCGAUUAUUCUAAGAACAGACCCACAGGGAUUUUUCUUUUACUGGACAGAUCAAAAUAAGGAGACUGAGCUGCUAGAUAUCAGCCUUGUCAAAGAUGCCAGAUGUGGAAAACAUGCCAGAGCUCCCAAGGAUCCAAAACUACGUGAACUGUUGGAUGCUGGCAACAUUGGAGGUCGACUGGAAAAUCGAAUGAUAACUGUUGUCUAUGGACCAGACUUAGUCAAUAUAUCGUACUUGAACUUGGUGGCAUUCCAAGAGGACAUAGCAAAGGAAUGGUCAGAUGAAGUGUUCAGUUUGGCAACAAAUUUGUUGGCACAGAACAUGUCAAGGGACGCAUUUCUGGAAAAAGCUUACACUAAACUGAAGUUGCAGGUGACUCCAGAAGGACGUAUUCCUCUGAAGAACAUAUACCGCUUGUUUUCCGCUGACAGAAAACGGGUAGAGACUGCAUUAGAAGCUUGUAAUCUCCCAUCUUCCAGGAAUGAUUCCAUCCCUCAAGAUGACUUCACCCCAGAUGUGUAUAGGGUGUUCUUAAACAACCUCUGCCCUCGGCCUGAGAUCGACCACAUCUUUUCUGAGUUUGGUGCAAAGAGCAAACCGUACCUUACUGUUGAUCAGAUGAUGGAAUUUAUAAAUUUUAAGCAACGUGAUCCACGAUUAAAUGAAAUCCUUUAUCCACCAUUAAAACAAGAACAAGUUCAACAACUGAUUGAAAAAUAUGAACCCAACAGUAAUCUAGCAAAGAAAGGACAGAUAUCAGUGGAUGGAUUUAUGCGAUACCUGAGUGGAGAAGAAAACGGCGUGGUCCCACCUGAGAAACUGGAUUUAAAUGAAGAUAUGUCUCAGCCACUGUCACACUAUUUCAUCAAUUCCUCACACAACACCUACCUCACAGCUGGACAGCUGGCGGGUAACUCAUCAGUGGAGAUGUAUCGGCAAGUGCUUUUGUCAGGCUGCCGCUGUGUGGAGCUGGACUGCUGGAAAGGGAGAACAGCUGAAGAAGAGCCAGUCAUUACACAUGGAUUCACUAUGACAACAGAAAUAUCCUUCAAGGAAGUAAUAGAAGCUAUUGCUGAAUGUGCAUUUAAGACAUCACCCUUUCCAAUCCUCCUUUCCUUUGAAAAUCAUGUGGAUUCCCCUAAACAACAGGCAAAAAUGGCAGAGUACUGCAGAUUGAUAUUUGGAGAUGCACUGCUGAUGGAUCCAUUGGAAAAAUACCCGCUUGAACCUGGGGUUCCUCUUCCAAGCCCUAUGGAUUUAAUGUACAAAAUUCUGGUGAAGAAUAAAAAGAAGUCACAUAAGUCUGCAGAUGGAAGUGCAAAAAAGAAGCUCUCAGAGCAGGCUUCCAACACAUGCAGUGAUACAUCUAGUAUGUUUGAACCUUCCUCUCCUGGAGCAGGAGAAGCAGAGAUUGAGAGCGAUGAUGAUGAUGACUAUGAUGAUGACUGUAAAAAGUCGUCGAUGGAUGAAGGUACUGCUGGAAGUGAGGCUAUGGCCACAGAAGAGAUGUCUAACCUGGUUAACUACAUUCAACCUGUGAAAUUUGAGUCAUUUGAAGUAUCAAAAAAACGCAACAAAAGUUUUGAAAUGUCUUCCUUUGUGGAAACCAAAGGGCUUGAGCAACUGACGAAGUCCCCUGUGGAAUUUGUGGAAUACAACAAAAUGCAGCUAAGCCGAAUUUACCCAAAAGGAACACGUGUAGAUUCUUCAAACUACAUGCCACAAGUGUUCUGGAAUGCUGGCUGCCAGAUGGUUGCUCUUAACUUCCAAACUGUAGAUUUGUCUAUGCAAAUAAACAUGGGAAUGUAUGAGUACAAUGGCAAAAGCGGUUACAGGUUAAAGCCAGAAUUCAUGAGAAGACCAGACAAACACUUUGAUCCAUUUACUGAAGGUAUAGUGGAUGGAAUAGUAGCUAACACCUUGUCUGUCAAGAUAAUUUCAGGUCAGUUCCUUUCUGAUAAAAAAGUUGGUACCUAUGUGGAAGUUGACAUGUUUGGCCUGCCUGUGGAUACAAGAAGGAAAGCUUUGAAGACCAAGACCUCUCAAGGCAAUGCAGUUAAUCCUGUCUGGGAAGAGGAAGCCAUAGUGUUUAAGAAGGUUGUUUUACCUUCCUUGGCAUGUCUGAGGUUAGCAGUGUAUGAAGAAGGAGGGAAAUUUAUUGGUCAUCGGAUAUUACCAGUCUCAGCAAUUCGACCAGGCUAUCAUUACAUCUGUUUGAGGAAUGAGAGGAACCAGCCUUUAACACUGCCAGCUCUCUUUGUGUACAUAGAGGUCAAAGACUACGUACCUGACACUUAUGCAGAUGUGAUUGAGGCCUUAUCCAAUCCAAUCAGAUAUGUAAACUUGAUGGAGCAGAGAGCUAAGCAACUGGCUGCACUGACUCUGGAAGACGAAGAGGAGGUAAAGAAGGAGACUGACCAUGGAGAUGCACCCUCUGAAGCUAACAGUGAACCUAGGCCUACACCAGCAGAAAAUGGAGUGAAUUACACUGCUUCUCUUACACCGAAACCAGCAACUCAGGUUGUCCAUAGCCAACCAGCACCAGGUUCGGUGAAAGCACCUGCAAAGACAGAAGAUCUUAUUCAGAGUGUCCUCACAGAAGUGGAAGCACAGACUAUUGAGGAGCUAAAACAGCAGAAGUCUUUUGUUAAGCUUCAGAAGAAGCAUUACAAGGAAAUGAAGGACCUUGUAAAGAGGCACCACAAGAAAACCACUGACCUUAUCAAAGAGCACACUGCAAAGUAUAAUGAAAUCCAAAAUGACUACCUGCGACGGAGAGCAGUUUUAGAAAAAACAGCAAAAAGAGACAGUAAGAAAAGAUCUGAAACGGGCAGCCCAGACCACAGUUCUUCAACUAUUGAACAGGAAUUAGCUGCUCUGGACUCUGAAAUGACCCAGAAGUUAGUCGAGCUGAAGGAGAAGCAACAGCAGCAGCUGCUGAAUCUCCGACAGGAGCAGUAUUACAGUGAAAAGUACCAGAAACGAGAGCAUAUUAAGCUGCUUAUUCAGAAGUUGACAGAUGUAGCAGAGGAGUGUCAGAACAGCCAGCUAAAGAAACUGAAAGAAACAUGUGAAAAAGAAAAGAAAGAGUUGAAGAAAAAAAUGGACAAGAAGAGGCAGGAGAAGAUCACAGAAGCCAAGUCGAAGGAUAAAAAUCAAAUGGAAGAAGAGAAGACUGAAAUGAUUCGAUCAUAUAUCCAGGAAGUGGUACAGUACAUAAAACGGCUAGAAGAUGCUCAGAGUAAAAGACAGGAGAAGCUUGUAGAAAAACACAAGGAGAUUCGUCAGCAAAUACUGGAUGAAAAGCCUAAGAGCAUAGAAGAACAAGAAGUAGAGGAAAAACAGAAGUAGAAAUGGAAUAUGAGACUAUAGUGAAAUUGCAGGUGGAACUUGAUCAGGAAUAUCAAGACAAAUUCAAAAGACUGCCUUUGGAAAUCCUGGAGUUUGUACAGGAAGCCAUGAAAGGGAAAAUCAGCGAAGAUGGAGACCACAGUUCUGCCCCCCCUUCCCUGGCAUCUGACAGUGGAAAAUCAAACCAUAAACCUCUGCAAAGUGAAGAGGAAUUGGAAGAAGAUAAUCCAGAAAAAGUCUUUGAUACUACUUUUUAACUGCCCAAGCAACAACCUGUGUGCCAGGGUGCAUAGCUCUCCAGCUGCCCAUCUGCUUUCCUGAUGUGAGCUGCCACUGAAGCUCUCUGGGAUGCAGGAGGAAUCUGCAUUCAAGUGCACAUUUCCCAAAAGGAACAUUUUAUAAAAAGUAUUGUGCAAAGGUCUUCAUUUGCACUCUUCAUCUUAUUAUUAUUCUAAAGCUUAGUGCAGUUGUAAUGGGAAAAUUAAUAUGUUAACCAACCCCUCUCUUUUUUUUUUUUCCUUUUUAGUUUUCUUCUGGCCAAUUUACAACGGGUAAUUUUCUGGCCAUGUUCACUGUUAAGAAUGUUUAAUGAAGACCAGUGUAUUGUACAGAGACAAAUGAGUGCAGAUUUCCUUUUGAAGUGCCAGUGCAAAGUGCUCCAAACUAAUACAGAAUAGAGAAUAUUAUAACAGUACUUAAUCCUAUUUGUUUCCUUCUUUAUAACUGCACCUUGACAGCUGUACCAUCAUUUUACAUUUGCACUGAAUCAUUUAAUCCUUUUUAGCUUGGCAAGCACUGGUGGCUUGCUGUCUUAAUAUUAUGUUUAUCACAUGGGAAAAAAUAUAUUUGCUGCUGAAAAUUCUUGGAACUGGGGGGACAAGAGGAAAAAAAGCAAAGAACUCUGCCUGGAUAUUGUUGGUGUCUGUGUACGUCUGCAUUUGUUACACUACGUGAGUGCAUAUGUUUGUGUAUGUGUGUGUACAUAUAUAUAUAUAUAUGCACACACAUCUGUCUAUAUACACAGCAUGUUUCUCUUUGAAGUUGGUGUGAUCUCUUGGCCAGAUGAAAUGUUUCAGGGAUACGUAAAUAGAAAAAAAUCUUUAUGAAAGCUAUCGUCUGGGUUAUACUGCUACAAAACAGGCAUUGAAUCCUAAAAUUCUUUUUGUGGUGUUAGUGUUGUAAAUCAAAGUAGUUUUAGAAUAUAAAUUUGAUAUAUAUUUUGCAGACUCAAAAGUAUUGAUUUUAAGUAUCAUAUUUUAAGCUUACUGAAUUUGAUAGGAUUGUAAAAUGUUUAGGACUACAGUAUUUGAAAUUUAACAGAAUCUUCCAUUAUUUUUAAGACUGAGGUUCAGUUUUACUAAGGUCUGGAAUUUAAAAGCAAAACAUAAACCCCCAAUAACUGUUAUUUAAAAAUUUAUAUUAAUCCAUUUAACUGACUUCUUAAAAUCAAAGAACAAUCAAAGUUAGUGUACUGUAUGAUAUGCAUGAGAGAAGCAACAGCACAUUUUCAGAAAUUUGUAUCAGACAACAGAGAGACGUUGUGAAAGUCAGGGUAUUUGAAAAAGAAAUGCUGUUCUCUGGAUUACCACUCUAGCAGAAAUUCUAAUGAUGAAAAAAAAAAAAACGGACAGAUUUUUAAUUGUACCCAAAACAAUAUGUAAUGUUGAAGGGCUUUCCCUCAGUCGUGUGCAGAAGGGCAAAGGAUAAAGUAGCUCAAAAGACAUAGAUUUGUGUCGAGAGGCUUGAUCCUGCAAAGGGAUUUUCUUGCACGCCUCUGAGCUCAGCAACUGUUCCAGCAAAUACCAUCCACAUACAUGUUUGCAAGAUUGGGGCCUUACUUUGUAUUAAAAAGCAAUCAGAGAAAGAAAUUGAUUACAUAAGGCAGCAUUUUAAUACAUCGUAACACUUAAGUUACUUUACUUCCAUUCCCUCAGGAUUUUAGUAUUUUAAAGUAACUUAUUUAAAUUUAAGCAAUAAAAUAUGAAUCAAGCUUAAGUUUUCAGUUAAAUAACGUUGUAUAUAUAUGUAAGUUCAACUCUUGGAAAACAGACAGUAUUUUGAUGUUGGUUUUUUUAACACAGUGCAGAAAGAAAGAAAAACUGCACAUUGUUUGGAGUUCAUAUUUUGGAUUAAAAUUAUGGUUUAUGAUUAUGAAAUUAGUGAACAUGAAAUUCAAAAAUCUGACUUUCAUCUUAAUGCUAGGAAAGCUGAACCCUCUGUUAAUCCUUGUUUUGCACUUUGAAACCAAUCAUUGAAAACGUAGAGAGUCAGGAUGUGAUGCUGCAUUUUAUAAAGUAAAAAGGACAUAUUGUCUAAAUUAUUAAAAGAAUGAACUGAUGGCAGUGUUCACAAAGAAACUGAAGACUAGUGAAUUACAGAAACCAUUGUACAGCACAGGUUUUUUGGUAAAAUCUUAGCUCCCUUGAAUUUCAGCACUACACUCCCGUGUACUUUCAGCGGAGCCAGGACUUCACCACAGUCUUCAAAGACACUUGGGCAAAUACCAAUUAACCUUUUAUUUAUAUUUAAAAUAAUAAUUAUACUGGUUGGAUUAAAUAUACUAUCAGCUGUAGUCAUUUUACAGUUUGUUUGUAUUUGACCAUUUCCUGUACUCACAUUUUUUAUAUCUGUACAGUGCCACUUUCUGCAGGUGUAAGGUAGUGUGUAAUACUGUACAUCUUGCAUCGUCCAAACUAUUUCAGUGAAACAGAUAUCAUUUAAUAUUGGUAUUACUUGAACUAGAGUAAGAUAAUGAAAAAAAAAGGGUCUUUAUGAUGUGCAAGUCUUGUGCCUUUUAUGUAUUUGCCUUGUUCCGUGUUGAAUGUGUGGAAAUGCUGUAUCGUGGACUUCCUGCUGUAUAGAAUAGAGCUGUCUAUAUUAAACUAGGUUGUGCACUUCAGAUAUCUUUACACUACUGAAAAUAGCUUGGUUUUGGCAUUAUAAACAGAAUUUUAAAAAUUCUAAUGAAGGCCAGACAUUUUAGAUAUAACACGUUCAUAAUUAUGUUAAUUAAUACUCAUGCAUUAGAUAAACAUUCACUGAAAGAUAACUAAAGGAACAUCAUUGCUUGCCUUUCUUUGAAAUCAGUGUUGCUCUUGUACAUUGUAUUAAUAGUGUCUGUGAUUGAGUAGUCCUUGAUUAUUUGCUUUUAAAGUAGGAUGAAAUAUUUCAGUUAACAUGUACAUAUUUUCAGUUCCUCAAUCUACGAUUGUUUCAGAGGCAUAAUUCACAUUUUUGUAAAAAUUCUAUGCAAUUUUGUGGCAUGACGUUUCUUCCACUUGUAAUUUUGUGCUUACAUUACAGAUCCAAAGGACAAAUAAAAAUUUCUUAACACAA